AUGACCUCCCUCCUCGGCCUCCCUCCACCGCUCCUCAAUCAGGCUCAAUCGCGGAUGCGAGUGCGCCAAGCGUUGAAGUUUGCAGGGCCGCCUUAUCCAGGGCAAAGUACCGGCCUUUACGACGUUUCUGUCCGCCAAACCCUGGCCGAGAUCCAGGCGCACUCGGGCAAACAGGUCCAGCAGCGUAGGAUGGAGAGGAUCUGGCAAGACGCAGAGCGGGACCGACAGGCGAGGGAAGACAUUCCGGCCAACAAGGACGUGCGGAUCUUCAGUGCAGACGGGCGGCCAGUGUGUGUGAUCGUGCGAGGUGCUUUGAACCAGACGGACACGGCCGGCAAACCCUACUCUGAGCAACUUUCCGCCGCCCUCCGCUCCUUUAAUCUCGACUUCCCGCCGAGCGCCAAGACGGCAAACGAGAAGCGUCACCUCGGAGCGCAGCCCGACUCGCAACUGCAACGAGACCUGCUGGCGGGAGAGACGGCCGGAGUCUUCCACCUUGGCGAGUGGGCGGAGCAGGGCAGGAGUGGAAACGCCCACGCCGUCAAGGUGACCUCCGAGACUUUGGAAGGGCAGCGAAAGGGUCUCCGUGCCGCGGCGCUCGUUCAGCUCGUGCGCUUUUUCGUCCCCGCCGGCGACGAUCAAGAACAAGGUCCUUCCGCCGUCAAGGACUUUUCGUACUGGGCGAGGUUUACGCACACACCCGCUACCACCUUUACCGGCACCGCCGUGCUCUCUCACCUUUCAUCCCUCACGCACCGAGACGCCUCCAACUCCCGCUACUUCCUCACCGAGAUGGUUGUUGUUGGCGACCUCCACGGCGGCGAACUUUACUUGGAGGACUGGGGCCUGGUGAUUCCGUACCGGUCGGGCGACACCUGUCUCUUCUAUGCGUCGAGUAUUCCGCACGCAAUCCUUCCUUUUCUCGGGCGUCGCUACUCCCUCGUCAACUUCACCCACACAGCUGCGAUGAACCUCAUUGCCCCUCCGGACCUCGCCGCCCAGCUCAAGCUUGCCGAGACGUUCGAGGAGCCUGUGCACAACUCGCAGGAAUACGUACAGCUCACGACUAGCCUCAAGCAGCGCCUCAAGCUUGCGGAGCAGGCCAAGGAGCGCCAAGAGGCCAUCAACGUCGAGAGCGCCGCGGGUGUUCACAGUCUCGCAACCCACCUCAACCGCCACCCGGGCUCCGCCAACAUCCCUCCACCUCCCCUUCCUCCUCUCGCUUCCCUCACGCGCAACCCAGCAGACGGGCACUACUCUCUCCGUCCCUAA